AGCCUGGUCCGGUGACUCCAUCUCUGAUGAAGGACCUGCUCGCGCGGUAUUCUGUUUAUUAAAGCUGGACACACACACCGGAAGGAAUCAGACUGUGUGUGUGUUUUUUGGAAUAAGAUUGCUUCCCCCUGCGGAUUUGGGCUCUGUUAUUAUUUUUUUUCCUCCUGUGGAUGUUAAAGCGCAUCAACGCGAUCUGAAUGAAGCUGUUCUUUUUGGAUUUCCUCCGGGUGACUGUUCAUUCUGUAUUUUCUACCUUUACUUCACACACUCUAUUUUAGUCUAAUUUAAACUAAAUUAUUAUCUUUUUUCGAAACAAUGUCGCAUCUUCAUUCAGUCUGAGAGAGACCAAUGCCGACAAAUCGUGCGCAUUAAUUAUCGUGUAAAAUCAGGAAAGUUGGGUUCCCAAAGUUUUUGGAGCCGGUCGAUAUGGCAAUGGUCGCGUGGAGAAGCAAUGAGGGCGUCGGGGACACCCAGGGGACUCUCUCCUCCCCGGUUACCCAAGUGGCACCUCUGCCUCUACCUGGACAUAUGAACCCGGCGCCCUCGCUGGAAAUGCCUCAGGCAGUAGCGGCACCUCAGGAAGCACCGCCGCCCAGUCAGUCCGGCACCUCCGCCGCAACCACUACAACCACAACCAACAACAGUAACGGCACCUCCUCUUCCUCCUCCUCCUCAUCGUCUAUGGACAAACAGCACAGCCAGCAGAUCGAGUGCAUCGUUUGCGGGGAUAAAUCCAGCGGGAAGCACUACGGACAGUUUACGUGUGAGGGAUGUAAAAGCUUCUUUAAACGCAGCGUCAGGAGGAACCUGACUUACACCUGCAGGGCCAACAGAAACUGUCCCGUGGACCAGCACCACCGCAAUCAGUGCCAGUACUGUCGCCUCAAGAAAUGCCUCAAAGUCGGCAUGAGGAGGGAAGCUGUGCAAAGAGGCAGAAUACCCACGCAGUCAUAUCACGGCCAGUUUGCUCUGACAAACGGAGACCCUCUGCAAUGUCAUUCCUACCUAUCUGGGUACAUCUCCCUGCUGCUGCGGGCCGAGCCCUACCCGACCUCCAGGUUCGGCUCUCAGUGUCUGCAGAACAACAACAUCAUGGGCAUAGAGAACAUCUGUGAGCUGGCGGCCCGGAUGCUGUUCAGCGCCGUGGAGUGGGCCCGAAACAUCCCGUUCUUUCCAGACCUGCAGGUGUCAGACCAGGUGGCUCUGCUCCGCCUCACCUGGAGCGAACUGUUCGUCCUGAACGCCGCACAGUGCUCCAUGCCCGUGCACGUCGCUCCGCUGCUGGCCGCAGCAGGCCUUCACGCAUCCCCGAUGUCCGCUGACCGGGUCGUGGCCUUCAUGGACCACAUACGGGUCUUCCAGGAGCAGGUGGAGAAGCUCAAGGUGCUGCACGUGGACUCGGCAGAGUACAGCUGUAUUAAGGCCAUUGUGCUGUUCACAACAGACGCUUGCGGCCUGUCAGACAUGGCCCACGUGGAAGGUCUCCAGGAGAAAUCUCAGUGUGCUUUGGAGGAGUAUGUGAGGAGUCAGUAUCCCAACCAGCCCAACCGGUUUGGGAAGCUGCUGCUUCGCUUGCCUUCCCUUCGCACCGUCUCCUCCUCUGUCAUAGAGCAGCUUUUCUUCGUGCGCCUGGUCGGGAAGACCCCCAUUGAAACUCUGAUCCGGGACAUGUUGCUGUCCGGCAGCAGCUUCAGCUGGCCUUACAUGCCUAUUCAGUAAAGGAAAAACGCUGAAGCGAUGCUACAAAGGUCAGGAAGAAGCUCCCACUCCUCAAAUCGAGCCGUUGUCAUAGCGCAGCCGAAAAUGUCUUUUGAUUCAAAGGAAUCAGAAACACUGCCAGUGGAAUGAGAUUACUAAGAUGUAAAGAUUUAAUGUAACGUUGCUAUUUUUCUUGAUAUCAGAGGAGUGAUCUGCCUUAUUCUAGAAAGGUAUACCGAACUUUCGUGGUGACAUGAAAUGAUCUCACCCAGACUGGCAGAAUUUUUACCUGUGCACAGAGAAACAAUAUGGACACUAAAUGACAGCUUUUCUGUCCCUUUGUUUGUUGUUUUUUGUUUGUUUGGGGUUUUUUUGGAUUGUGGUGACCAAUCACCGUUGAUGGUUUUGGGAUAACAAACAAUAUUUAUUGGACCUGUGUGUAUAUUUAUCAAGCUUGUAAAUUAUCUUAUAAAUCCUUUUGUUUUUAAUGUUUGAUGGUCCCCCCCCCGGUUAAUAAGAAAAACCGCAGGGGUCAUUUUGUGUUCAUCUGCUCCUUUUUUUGUCGUUGUUGUUGUUUUCAUACCUUCUGGACAUAGCACUUUGGACUUGAAGAAAAUUUUGAGAAAUAUUUACCAUGAGUGUGUGAAACCUCCCCCCUCUGCUCAGUUCCACGCAGACACAGCGAUGACAUCAAACCUCCGGUUUUCAUUAUUUUAGUUUCUCAUUCUCUUUUUCUUAUAUAAAAUGAAAAUGGAAAAUUUAAAAAUGGCACAUCUGGUCAGUAUUGGGUCGUGUGGUUUAAUUUCAUGACUUGCUAAAGAUUUCUU